AUGAAGCUGAAACUUUUAGCAAUAUCAUCCAUAUUGGUGGUUACAUUAAUGGUUAAUCUACCCGAAGUGGAUGCCGGCAAGAUGAAAAAGAUGAUGAAAGACAUGAUGAUGAUGUCGAUGAUGGGGGGAAAAAAGAAGAUUAUCAUACCGAUUCCGAUUCCGAUGAAAAUGGGUGGUGGAUCAAAUAUGAAAGGCGGCGGUGGUUACGGUGGUGGUGGUGGUAUGAUGAGUUAUGGUGGAGGAGGUGGUGGUGGUUAUGGUGGUGGUGGUGGUGGUGGCGGUUAUGGAGGAGGCGGCGGAGGUGGUUAUGGAGGAAGCGGUGGUGGUGGUGGUGGUUAUGGAGGAGGAGGCGGUGGUGGUGGUGGUUAUGGAGGCGGUGGUGGCGACGAAUAUGGAGGUGGUGGCGGUGGUGGAGAUUAUGGUGGAGGUGGUGGCGGCGGUGGCUACUAA